CCGGCCCUCUCCGCCGCAUUCACCAGUCACCACCUCGUACGCGAUGAGCUAGAGAGCCCGUCGUCGUCUCCACUCUCUACCAGUCUCCUGUUACGCGACUUGUGAUCAGGCACCGGCGGUGUCGUGUUCGAUCUCUGGUGCAGGAACCUGGAAGGGACCGGGCGGCGGUGGCGAUGGGGAAGCUGGCGAGGCUGGUGGACGGCAUCAAGGACAAGCUGGCCGGGGCCGGCGGCGGGAGCAAGGCGGCGGCGGCGUGGUACGACAAGGUGGACAAGACGGACAGCAUGAGGGUGGAGAUCAGGAGCCGCCGCGCGCGCCAGCUCAUCGCCAAGAACCUCGCCGCCGCCGACGACAUCGCCGGCAGCAGCAGCCCCCGCGGCGGCGGAGGCGGAGGCGGGGGCAAGAAGAAGAACAAGAAGAAGCGGUUCUUCGGCCUCUGAAUUCUGAUCGACAAGAUGAUCGAUCGUUCGGUUCCCUUGGCGUCGAUCUUGCCGUCAAUAAUCUUCUUGAUCGUCGUCCGUGUAGCUAGCUAGAUUCCGGAAACCAUCCGUGCGUUCGCGCGCGCCUUAGCAUUCUAUCUGGUUGUCAUCUUCUCAUGAGAAGAACUGAAAUCCUCGUCCAUUUCUGGUUAAGCGUCUGAAAUCCAAAUGGAUUAUGCAAAUUUCUGCAGGUAGAUGCAGAUCAUGAGUGGAUUCGGAUAUUCAUGACUACGAAUAUAGAU